AUGCCACCACACACAAACACGACAACCGAAUUGGCCCGUUUUCUGUCUACUACUGGACCUGAGCAGUUUGUCUUACCGAAUAACAACAACAGCAGCAGCAACAGUCAUACCGCCAUCAAAUCUACAGCGCCGUUCUUUCGUCUGCGCUCUUCGACCAAGAGCAAAAAGAACAAAAAGCAUACGGCAGAGCCUGUUCCAAUUGUCACGACUGCUCCUUCUUCGAACAUUUCUUCUUCAUCGGCACGUUCUUCCUACCGUCGUCAGCACAAACAGCAACACCACUAUCACCAUCACAACAACAGUCACCAUAACAACUAUCAAUAUCAGCAACAUAAAAAGCAUAUUCCGUUACCUGUUUACGUCCCACCCCAGCCCAAGCCCUUAUCAUCGCCAGCACCUACGACAGUUGAGACAACAGCACCCUUUUCGACAAGUCCUUCAACCUCAUCCAUUCCUACGUUUCCCAAACCACCGUCAUCUAUUGCGUUGCCCACACCCGUCUCAGAAGAGCUACCAGCAUCUACUCCUCAACAGCAACAACGGUCAUGUUCUCCUCCAUCUAUCACAAAAUCAGCAGGAGACGAAUGUCCACACUGCUGUCGUCGCGUUCCAUCAAAGAAGCCACGAAGAAUAUCCUGUCCGCCUGCCAUUCAUUAUACACCUCGUACAACUGCUACUGCUAGCUCUACUACAGAUAAUUCGACAAGCGACCAACGAACGGGUGGCGGUUUGACAAGUCAAGAAGCGCAAACAUUAUUGCAGAUGAUUGAAAAGCUACAGCAUCAGCUUGUUCAAGAACAAGCAUCCAGACAAGCGUUAGAAAAGACUUUGCGUGCUUGUGAUAGCAGUAGUGGCAGUAGUUAUAAAGUAUAA